AUGGUUACUAAUUUUGCAAAUGACGCCAAAAUGGUGCAAGGAAGUUCAUGUGUGAAUCCACUUUUAUUUCUUAUUCAUAUACAGGGUAACACUUGCUUGGAGAAUGGAUCUUUUCUGUUAAAUUAUGUGGGUUGUGCUGAGUGCAGGAAAAGAGACUUUGUGCUCAUUACGAAUCGAACCCAAGAUGAUGACGAUGGAGAAGAAAUUGUUACAUAUGACCAUGUCUGUCAAAAUUGCCACCAUAUUAUAGCACAACAUGAGUACACAUUCACUGUUGUUGAUGAUUACCAGGAAUACACCAUGUUGUGUAUGCUGUGCGGAAAAGCAGAAGACUCGAUCAGUAUAUUGCCUGAUGAUCCUCGGCAGAUGGCUCCUCUUUUCUGAAAGCUCUGUUUCUGCACAAUGCACAACAGUCACUUUAGGGAGCACAGUAUGGCAAUUCUAGCUGGAGAUAGGAUUUCUUGUUGCAAUUCUAAACUGCGAUCAGAUUUUAAAUAAAAACAGCUUUUUUUUUAUUAAUCACCAAAGGAGAUCCAUAAAUAUGCUACCCUUUCCAAAAUGAAUAUUGAUAUGCUUUUAUUCUUAUGAAUGCUGCCAAAACCAGCACUGACCUGUACCCCUUGACUCUUGUAGAUUUCAAAUGUAUAAUGUUAGUGAUCUUGCAAGUUGAAGCAAUUGAGUGCUGUCUGAGAGACAAAAGAUGCUUUGCUUCAAUUCCAUUUACAAAGAGUGAUGCAAAACAAAUCUCUGGUACAUUGGGAAGACUGAGCAUCUUGUUUUUGACUCAGUCUCUAACAGAUCUGCAGGACAAAAUUCUUCUUGGCCUGAAUUGUCCAUUCAGCAGAAUACAAGACCAGUAAAAAUGUUAGGCGUCUGAUCAACUGAUGAUGACAUAAGAACAUAGGAGGUAGGUCCAGGAGUAGACAAUUCAUCUCUUUGAGCCUGCUCCACCAUUUAAAAUGAUUGUGCCUGAUCUCAUCUUGUUCUCAACUCACUUUCCUGACCACACUCCAUGACCCUUCAACCAUUACUCAUUGAAAAUCAGUCUCCUCCUUAAAUUUACUUAAUAUCACUGCACCCUAUUGUAAUGAAUUCCACAGAUUCACAAUCCUUUGAGAGAGAAGCUUGUCCACUGAACUGCAUCCCAUCACUUCAUACAACUACAUCUCUACUUUUAUGUUCUAUUCCUUUAGCAAUGAAUGCCAAAAAUCAUUUUCCUUCCUAUAUUUUUCUGUAAUUCAUGCACAAGGGCACCCAGAUGCUUCUGCACCAAAGCACUCUUAAAGUUUCUCUCCAUUUAGAUAAUAAGUUCCCUUUCUAUUCUUCUGACCAAAAUGGAUACUUCACAUUUAUCCACCUUUAAAUGUUAUCUGCCAAAAUUUUGGCCCAUUCGCGUAACCUAUCCAUAUACAUUUAUAAAUUUCGUAUUUCUUCAUCAUAACAUGAAUGGAGAAGCCCACUUUGGUGAUCAACCAAAUCAAUUUAGAGCACUUUAAAAUUCAGCUAUGUUGUUGCAGUGUUUGCUCAAGGCGUUGUAAAUUCCCAUUUGGAUUAAAGUAAAAACACGUUUUAUCUCUCCUUCCUCAGACAGCAUGAAAUUAGUUCAACUUGAAAAUUCACUAAAGCUAGAUUUCAAGUAAGUCACAAGACAGCCUGAAAAAUGGUACCUUAAUGCUGGAAAAGGUUGUGUUCGCAAAAAUAAAUGCAAAUUAACUUUCAUUUUCCAACAGGGUUGAGAUUAUUUUUGCUCCUAGAAAAUUUCAGUAUACUGCAAGUGACAAAAAUGUACUGAAGUGAACUAGAAUGUUAUCCUCUCUUUUUCAGAAGAUACUACUCUGAAUAUAUGUAGCUUGGGGACAAAAUCACCUUGUGGCUGUUAGAAUGUCUUCUUUAACCUUUUUCGAAGGCUUUAAGUAAUCUGUCCUUCAUAGGAAAUACAAAUUUACAUUACAAAGUGCUCCCAAUGCUUAAUUUGGAUUUUCAAGUGUUUAGAAUUUAUUAUACUGUGUUCGCUUCCUUUCCAUUUAGUUAGAUAAUGAUGGGCAGAAAGGGUGUCUCACUGAGGUGCAUCACUGUCAUCUUAUCCAUUUGUUCUUCUGUUCAACGAGUCAAAGUUAUAUCUUCGGCUAAGAGGCAUCUUCGCAAUCUGAACUGUUUUGAAGUUUAUAUGCUUUCUGGUGACUGCAGUAUUCAUCGGAAUAAAACCACGUUACAACCAUGUAGUACGGAUCACAAAAUAUUUUGUUACUGUAUUGACAAAUACACUCGCAGACCGAUUUUGAACAGAUCUGCAAAACUAGGCUGAAUCCCCCAGUCUUUCCAACUCUUAGUACAUGUCCAAGUGGUUCAGUAGUUUCGACCUAUACCUGCAGCAGGUGAUGCAUUUGGUGCAAGAGGUUAUUUACCGUACAACAGACAACUAAGCCAACAGAUCCUGAAUGAAGUUUGGACUUAUUUGCUGUUUUCUAUCAUGUUCAAGUUCUUGGGUGCAAACUGUACUGAUUUUGUUCCUUUUUCAGCAUUGCAGAAAGCCAGUUCAAUGGAUAAUUUAUUUACAUCAGUCGAAUCUCUUAGACAGUGAUACAUUUCCAAUUCACUUUAGAUUUGAUUGUUAAAAUAAUUUUUUGUAGAGACUGUUGAGUGGGGAAUAGCCGAAAUUUAAGUAUACAAGUCAUCAGGGCACUGUUUACCAGCUUCUUUGCUGCCUUACAUUGCCUAUUUUCCUGCACUGUAUCAUCUCAUUUUGACCACUGUAAAGAUUGAUAUCUUAAAAUCAUUUUGUUAAUCAUCUGUAUAAUGGAGUUAGUGAAAGAUGAUCUUCAACCAAAAGGUUAUUCAAUUGCUGUUUUGACUCCACCUGGUAGCCAUCUGUUAACUAAGGAUUGGAUCUUUUAAAAAUUGUAACAAAUUUUAAUGUAACAUGCUGAAUUCUGCUUUGACAGCAGUUUAGAAAAGAUAUGCUGUUAUAUCGUAUUUGCAUCAAUAAAUAAAAUAUGUUUCUUCAGUA